AUGAAUGCAGGUCAAGGAGAGGAUGAACAGAUUACGAAUUCGAAAAUACAAAUUAAAAUUUCUCCUCCUCCUCCUUUCCACGACGUCAUCAACCGGCGGCACCUCACCCUCACCUUUCAACUCCAUUUUCCGGUAAUCUUAACGGUCCAUGAUAGGCCAUCACUACUGCUAGAACGGCAACGCUUCCUCUUCUCAAACGGAGCUUUGUGGAGGAGUUUCUUACUCCGUCAAGAUUCUUUUUUUACUCCAAAGAACUCGGUAUCAUGUACCUUCAGAAUGAGUCUGAAAAGUGAUGGCAACAAUAAGGACCUCUUUGAAUGUCGUUCCAUGGUCAAUGAAGAAGAAGAAGAAGGGGAGAGGGUGGGGGCGUUUUUGAGAAGAGAAGUACCAGACUGGGAUGACCCCGUGAAAGCAGUAGCUCGUUUUAAGGGGUUCAGUGGACAAAGGUCGGACUGGGAGGGCCGGUAUCUGUUUUGGAGGGAACUUAUCCUCAAAGUGGCUCAACAUCUGGGGACCUUCAUCAUACGGCCUUCUCGCCUCAAUGAUGUCUGGUUCCGUAGGGAAGGAGCUUUGUCUCCAUUGUGCCUCCCCCAAGUCCUCUUAGAAAUGUACGAAGCUGGUGAUAUAUUAAAGGAAGUUGAUCUUACAAGGCCUGCAAGUGGGACCCUUUCCAUGAUUUUUAGAAAAGCAGUAAAUGCCCUGAGUUUCUCUUCACUCUCAUCAUCAGCAACUCCUAAGUUUUUGUCUGACGAUUAUUACGUUCUCACUACGUUGUUGAAGGAUAAAGCUCUUGAGGUUAUCAAAAUUCUUUCUGAGAGUCAUUGGACUUCUUCUUGUGUGAUCACCUUCAGAAAGUUCAAGGAAAUCUGUGGAGGAUCAAAGGAAGCGUCUGCAAUCUUGAGUUACUUGUCAGGUUCUCAAAAGGCUAAAUACUUAAUCAUUUCGAGGAAUGAUGCUAUUGAGGGAUUGAAAGUCUCUCUGUCUCCAGAAGCAGUUUCUGAUAUCACAAGUCUGGACUAUGAUGUUUUGCACUUAACAUGGACAGCAGAGAAUCUUGAACAGCAGCUUCAUGUGAUUGAUCAACGUUGUCAAAAGUCCAGAGGUUCAGCCGUUGCUUGUCUACGGUCCGGAAACAGGAAACUUGCACUGAGGCAUGCGAAGGAACUGAAGGUGGCCUAUGAAAGCAGGGAAAAAUGUACAAUUCUUUUGAACCGUGUGGAGGAAGUCCUUAGAGUUAUUGGUGAUAUUGAGUCUUCGAGAAAGGUGACUGAAGCCAUUAAACUUGGUGCUAAAGCAAUGAGAGAUAAUGGGAUGAGUAUUGAAGAAGUUGAGCUCUCUCUUGAGGAUCUUAAGACGAGCGUUGAAUCACUGAGAGAAGUGGAAGAAGUUUUAGGAGCAGCUCCAGCAGGUGCAGAGAUUGAGGAUGAAGAUAUUGAGGAUGAGCUAAAGAUGUUAGAGAUGGAUAUUGGGGGUGGCUCCACUCAGGAGCCAAAUGCUGAUACUGAUGUUGGUGAGACUGUUGCACUGUCAAAUUCUGCUGGAGCCCCAGAAGCUUCAGAGACAGUUGAUACACUCUCUGAUUCUAUAUCGAAGCUUAGCAUUAAGAGUAGAAGAGCUACUGAAGCCGUGUAAAUAUGUUGUUAAUUUCUGGGCAAUCCCUGCUGUUUUUUGUUUUAGAAUUGCCCAGUUUAGAGUUGGAAUUGCUACAUCUUAAUGUUUGGUCAGGCAGUAAAUUCUAAUCUCUGAAUGAAAACCUUUCUACUGGGGAAUUACCGCAGUUGACAUUCUAUGGUGAUCACUAAGAUAAGCCACUUCGGAAAACAAUCAAUAUAUAUCGUACAAAAUAGGAG